GUGUGAUGUGAGCCGCUGGGCGAGCGGUGGAGGGCAGUGCCAAGAGGAGGAGGGACUGGGACGCGCGCGAGGAGUGCGAGUUAGUCAGCAGAGGUCGACGGAGCGAGCCGAGGAGGAGUGGGCCAGCCCGAGAGGGAGCGCCAUGAAAACAACUCUGUGGCGGGGAGAGGGGCAGGCGCAGCGCUCGGUCGUGCGCGGCUGAAGGAAAUCCGGGGGCCGCGGCGGGCCGGCUGCGCGGAGCCGGGGCCGAGCGCUCCGCCGGGGAACGCCGAGCUCUGGGCAGGCUGCGGAGCGCUGGGCGGUGGGAGGCGGCGACCCAGGACAGCCCGGCCGACUGGGCUUGGGGCUGGGGGCCGGGCGUGAGGAGAUGACUCGGGUUUCUUCCUGCCCCUCUCGUUGUGUAAACUUGGCCGCGGCUGCCGCAGGAAGGCUAGCCAGGGGGUAAUUACACAGCAUUUUGAAAACGAAGCAGAAGCCGUUGAGUCAGCAGCGGCGAGCCUGUUGAAAGAACCCACACGUGUAUUUCACACCUCUCUGCGUGGAAACUGGAUGUGAAAAUGAAGCCAGACCGAGAUACUCUAGAUGAAUAUUUUGAAUACGAUGCAGAGGAGUUCUUGGUCUCUUUGGCCUUGCUAAUAACAGAAGGACGAACACCUGAAUGUUCUGUAAAAGGUCGAACGGAAAGUUUCCAUUGCCCUCCAGCACAGUCUUGUUACCUAGUAACUACGAAACAUGAAUGUAGUGACAAGCUGGCCCAGUGUCGCCAAGCUAGACGAACCAGGUCUGAAGUCACAUUGUUGUGGAAGAACAACCUUCCAAUUAUGGUGGAAGUGAUGUUACUGCCAGACUGCUGCUACAGUGAUGAUGGUCCCAGCACAGAAGGAAUCGACCUAAAUGAUCCUGCAAUUAAACAAGAUGCAUUACUGUUAGAAAGAUGGGUCUUGGAACCAGUUCCUCGGCAGAGUGGUGAUCGAUUUAUUGAAGAGAAGACUCUCCUGUUGGCUGUCCGCUCAUUUGUGUUUUUUUCUCAGUUAAGUGCUUGGCUUAGUGUUUCUCAUGGUGCUAUUCCACGAAACAUUCUCUACAGAAUCAGUGCUGCUGAUGUAGACCUACAGUGGAAUUUUUCACAGACUCCAAUUGAACAUGUGUUUCCUGUUCCCAAUGUUUCCCAUAAUGUGGCCUUGAAAGUCAGUGUUCAGUCCCUGCCCAGACAAUCUAAUUACCCAGUUUUGAGCUGUAGUAUUCACACUAAUAUUGGCCUUUAUGAGAAAAGAAUUCAAGAACUUGAACUUAAAACCCAUCAGCACCACGGUUCUAAUGAAGGAGAACAAUGUAGUACAAGCAGUUCACAGCAUCCGUGUAGCAAACAAACUUGGACCAUGGCACCUGAAAGUGUAUUACAUGUUAAAAAUGGCACAACUCCAGAAUAUACUUCAGCUAUCAAAAAUGUCAAACUGUGUCCAGGCACUGGCAAUAAAUCGGACUAUGGGACAUCGCAGGCCAAUAUUCUGGGCUUUAGCGGUUUAGGAGAUAUAAAGUCACAUGAAACAUCAGGGAGAACUUUAAAAUCAUUUUCAAUGAUUGAUUCCAGCAUCUCUAGCAGGCAGAGUUCCUGGAAUUCAGUUGGUGAAACUAACCCUUUAAUAGGUUCUUUAAUUCAAGAUCGGCAAGAAGUUAUUGCAAGAAUUGCUCAGCAUUUGAUUCAUUGUGAUCCAAGCACUUCACACGGUUCUGGACAUCCAUUUACUACUCAAGAAUCUAGUUCACUUAAUUCAAAACUUUUUCUGGCUUCACAAGAAAAUGAAAAUGUGAGAAAAUGUAAAGAAGCUUUCUCCAUUUCUUUUGGUAGUCCAGAGUUUACCUCCUCAGAAGACAACAAGGAGAGGAAAAUUCAUGGAAAACCGGAAAUUCCUCCAAGUGAAACUUAUAUUUCUAAUAGAAUUUAUUCUCGUCAGUCUGUUGGAGAGACUAAUCCUUUGAUAGGCUGUUUACUGCAGGAACGGCAAGAUGUGAUUGCAAGAAUUGCUCAUCAUUUGGAACAUAUUGAUCCAACAUCACAUAUCCCCCGGCAGUCCUUCAACAUACACAAUUCCAAUUUGAGACCUAAAGUGUUUAGGAGUUCAUAUGAAGACAAAAACUUGUUGAGGAAAAUUAAAGGUGAGGCCUCUGUUUCCAUUUCUCAUACAAAAUUUUCCUUGUCAGGAGAUAGCAGUGAUGGAAAAAGUUCAGUUCCUGAUAAAUCUUUUAGUUCUUUUAAAUGCAAUAGUAAAGAAAAGUUUUCUUUGAAACCUCAAAUAAGAAAUCAGUGUCAGAACAAUCCUAGCGAAUUCAUCCAAAGUACAUAUGAAGAGACACAGAACAAAGAUGAUAGUUUAUUGACUUUCUCAAAUAUAUCUACUUGCAAAGAAAAUAACAUAGAUUUGAUAAGCGGAUUGGAAAACAAACUUUCUAAGUCUCAGUAUAAGGAACAAGAAAUUGGCGAUAGAAUUGGUAAACAGUAUUCAAAUUGCAACAGUAUUGACAAACAGAUCUGCACAAAUAAAUACAAGGAAAAACUAAUAAAAAGUGAGAAUUAUAAUCCAGAAGCUUUUGACAAUCUCCAACCUGAUAAUUCAAAAAAAACUGACUCAAAAGUUAAAGUUACUAUGUUGGAAACGUCAGAAUAUUUGAACAACUAUGAAAAUAAGUGCUCAAAUAAAGAUUCAAAAAGGCCUAAAACAUGUGAACAAAAUACUCAACUUAAUAGCAUCGAAAAUUAUCUCAACAAUGAUAAUGAAGGUUUUAAAUGUAAAAAACUAGAUCAACUGAAAGAUGAACAGGGUAAAAAAGAAGAUCCAACUGAUGAAAAAUCUCAGACCUCUUCUCAGAGAAAAAGUAUAAAGGACUCUGUCUCUACAUGUGAACAACUGAAAAAUACGGAGGUGUUGAGGACUACAGUGAAACAUUCAAGUGUCUGGCAAAAACACAAUUUUCAUUCAUUGGAUGGAACUUCAACCAGAGCCUUUCAUCCUCGAACUGGAUUGCCUCUCCUUUCAAGUCCUGUUCCUCAAAGGAAAACACAGUCAGGUUACUUUGAUCUGGAUUCUUCAUUACCACAUCUGAAAAGCUUAUCAUCUAGAAGUCCUCAACCAUGUUUAAACAUUGAAGAUGAUCCAGAUAUUCAUGAAAAGCCGUUUUUGAGUUCUAGUGCCCCACCUAUAACAAGUCUUAGUCUUCUUGGAAAUUUUGAGGAAUCUGUCUUGAACUAUCGUUUAGAUCCUCUCGGCAUUGUUGAUGGUUUUACUGCUGAGGUUGGGGCAAGUGGUGUUUUCUGCCCCACACAUUUGACUCUUCCAGUUGAAGUGUCAUUCUACAGUGUUUCGGAUGAUAAUGCUCCCUCUCCUUAUAUGGGUGUGAUUACUCUAGAGUCCCUUGGUAAAAGGGGUUAUCGAGUACCUCCUUCAGGAACAAUACAAGUGACCUUAUUUAAUCCUAAUAAGACUGUGGUGAAGAUGUUUGUUGUGAUAUAUGACUUGAGAGAUAUGCCAGCCAAUCAUCAGACAUUCCUAAGACAAAGAACUUUUUCUGUUCCUGUUAAACAAGAAAUGAAGAGAAAUAUUAAUAAAGAGAACAUCCGACAUACCGAAGAACGGUUAUUACGCUACCUCAUACAUCUGAGGUUCCAGAGUUCUAAAUCUGGAAAGAUCUACCUCCACAGAGAUGUACGGCUCCUGUUCUCUAGAAAGUCAAUGGAGGUUGAUAGCGGUGCUGCGUAUGAACUCAAAUCUUACACUGAAUCACCAACAAACCCUCAGUUUUCACCAAGAUGUUGAUAAGGAGUGAUGGUUCAAAGUGUUGGCUCAGUACCUAAGUUUGAAAGUAAAAAUUAGCAUAGAAUGGAGUGUACCAAAUUAACAGUCAGGAGAGUGGAUCCUCUCCUGUUUUCCUGGACCAGUUUUUAGCAGAAGAUUCCUGAAAUGAGAUCUACAUAUUCCAAGUAGACUGGAAACACUCAUGUCCUAAUCCUUUUUGUACUGUUGAAACCACUUCAUUGGACAUGUUGCGAUAGCAAACCCCCCUGUUAGAUUAGUGUUUACACAUUUUCUUUCUCAGUUAUUUAAUAUUUAAUGUUUUCCUUAAUACUCAAGUGAUGUUUGUCUCUAGUGUUCUAAUGUAGCACAAAUUCUAUGUAAAAUCAUACUAUGUAUUUUUGACAUUAAUGUUGAAAUAUGAAAUAUAUGCACAAGUCUUUAAUUUUG